AUGCAUGAGGCCAACAGCUCCAGCCUGACACCAAAGUUCUUUAUCCUCAAUGGGAUUCCUGGGCUGGAGGGUGAGCACAUCUGGAUCUCAUUGUCUUUCUGCUUCAUGUACAUCAUUGCUGUCAUAGGGAACUGUGGCCUCAUCUAUAUCAUCAGCCAUGAAGAGGUCCUGCACCGGCCCAUGUAUUACUUCUUAGCUUUGUUGUCCCUUACAGAUGUUUCUGGAUGUACUUCAUUUGUCCCCAAUAUGUUAUGUAUUUUUUGGCUCAGUCUCAAAGAGAUUGAUUUCAAUGCCUGCCUUGUGCAGAUGUUUUUCAUCCACAUGCUGACGGGCAUGGAGUCUGGAGUGCUCAUGCUCAUGGCUCUGGACCGCUAUGUGGCCAUCUGCUAUCCUCUACGCUAUUCCACCAUCCUCACCAACACCGUAAUUACCAAACUGGGGUUGGCCACUUUCUUUCGAAGUGCAUUGCUCAUGAUGCCAUUUACUUUCCUGAUCAAGCGCCUUCCUUACUGCAGAGGUAACCUCCUCCAUCACACCUACUGUGAUCAUAUGUCUGUGGCCAAAUUAUCCUGUGGCAAUAUCAAGAUUAAUGCUAUCUAUGGUCUCAUAGCUGCUGGACUGAUUGGAGGCUUUGAUAUGCUUUGUAUCACCGUGUCUUACACCAUGAUUAUCCGUGCUGUACUGACUCUGUCAUCUGAAGAUGCUCGCCAGAAAGCCUUUGGCACCUGCACAGCUCACAUAUGUGCUAUCGUCAUCACCUAUGUCCCAGCCUUCUUCAACUUCUUCACUCACCGCUUUGGAGGACAAACCAUACCUCAUCAUGUUCACAUUUUUAUAGCCAACCUCUACCUGUUGUUACCUCCUACCUUGAAUCCACUUGUCUAUGGAGUAAAGACCAAGCAGAUCCGUGAAAUAGUGACCAGAUUGUUAUUCAAGGAGAAAGAUAUUUUCCAUAUGAGAUAA